AUGCAGAGGUACCUGCUAGCGGGGUCAGCCGUCCUGCGAUCCAGCAGCGUGUGGCCCGCGCAUGUCUGUUGGAGAAACCAGAUGUGUCUCCAGGUCACCGCGUGCGUGGGGCGAGGGCGCUUCCGCGCCUUCCGGGCGGCGUCUCGGUCCUUGCAGAGUGCGGAGCCCACGUGGCGCUGGUGGCAGCCUGGGGUCUCUCUGCCCCAGGCUGGUGGUGGGGGCGGUGACUCCCUUUCUCCCGUGAGCCCUGAACCCAUCGGAGCCCGGGUUGCUGCUACUCACAAGCAGUCUGGUCAUAAUCCUCCAAAGCUGUUGUUGAGAAGCGAUUUUACCUGUGAUGGGGGUUCCUGGCUUAGCCCCUGGGUGACGGAGAGUCGCGGGGUCGUGGACAGCCUGCAGAGGUUUUCCUCGCUGCCGGCCUACCUCCCCACCAGCCUGCACAUCUCCAACGCGGAGGAGUCCUUCUUCCUCAAAGAAGCCAACCAGGACCUGACCAGGAACUCCAGUCUGCAGGCCCGGGUGGAGCCCUUCUUCAUCUACCGGGCCAGGAGCCCGCCCAUCGUCAACGCCAGCUAUGGCCCGUUUUCGGUGGAGAAGACCAUCCCCCGGGAGUUCCUGGUGAUGUCUACGCCCUUUGGAAACAUGGAGAAGUUUCCCUUCAACUGGAAAUUGAAAUCCCACAUCCUUGACAGCUCCAUCUACUCCAACAGACCCAAGGUGCAGACCUUGUUUUACGUUACUGGCAUGAGCUGGGAUGACAGUGACCCUGCAGAAGAUCUGCCCUGCGUCAAGAUGUUUGCCUUCCCGGAGGCCAGGGAAGUGGCCGCCAGCUGCCGGCUGCAAGGGGCCCCGGGGCUGUGCGUGGCUGAGCUGGAGCUGCUGCCCGAGUGGUUCAGCUCCGGCCUGGACCUGGAGCCCGAGGAGGAGAUCCCGGCCCUGCUGGGUGGCACCGCCAUGGAGCUCUUCUUCACGCUCUACCCGGCUGACGAGGCCGGCCAGUGUCCUCUGGAGGAGGAAGGCAAGUGGGAGAACAACAUCCACUCGGGCCAGGACAGCCCCCAGCAGGCGUUCCCCACCCGGGAGAGGAUUGGGAGCGUGGUGGUCUACCCGACGCAAGAUGACCUGAAGUGGUCCCUGGUGAGCUUGGAUGAGAAUGUCGUCAUCUCGGUACCUCUGAACCUAGUCCGGGAAGGGGACACAGCCACCUUUUUGGUCUCUCUCACCAGUGGCUCUGUGGCAGACCAGUUCACUCUUAGAAUUAAGGCCGCGGCAGGUGUGAAGAUAACGGCAGUGAGGAUCAGCAGCGAGGACCAGUGGGCGGUGCAGGAGGAAAUAGACAACGGCAGCACCCAGACGACGGCCAGCCUCACCUGCAUGGGCCAUCGCCCCGACAUGCAGAGCAGAGUGAAUGGCUCCUUAUAUGAGAUCUUGCAAGUGGACUUUGGGAUCGAUAACAGCAGUAGCCUGGCCGGGGCCCAGCAGAUCACCUGGCAGGUAGAGUACCCAAUUGAGGACUCCAUGAGCGAGCUGGUCAUCUCCGAGAUCUUCGUCAGCCAGACGACCUUCGUGGGCAUCGUCCCUCUUGCAAUGGACACUGAGGUUCUGAACACCGCCAUCCUCACCGGAAAGCCCGUUUCUGUCCCCAUCAAGGUGGUGGCGGUUCAGGAGGAUGGUUCCGUGGUCGAUGUGUCGGAGGCUGUGGAAUGCAAGUCCGCUGAUGAAGAUGUUGUUAAGGUUUCCAACAACUGUGACUCCGUUUUUGUGAAUGGGAAGGAAAUGAAGAGCAAAGUGGACACGAUCGUGAACUUCACCCACCAGCACUUCACCUCCCAGUUCGAGGUCACCGUGUGGGCGCCCAGACUCCCCCUGCAGAUUGAGAUCUCGGACACGGAGCUGAGCCAGGUCAAGGGCUGGAGGAUCCCAGUGGCCUCCAACAGAAGGCCCACCCGGGAGAGUGACGAUGAGGAAGAGGAGGAGAAGAAGGGGCGUGGGUGUUCUCUGCAGUACCAGCACGCCACAGUGCGCGUCCUCACCCAGUUUGUGGCCGAGUCGCCUGACGUGGGUCAGCUGACCUACAUGCUCGGCCCUGACUGGCAGUUCGAUAUCACCGACCUCGUGACCGAGUUCAUGAAGGUGGAGGAGUCGAAAGUCGCGCAGUUGCAGGAUGGCAGGACCCUGGCGGGUCGGGAGCCGGGAAUAACCACCGUGCAGGUGCUCUCGCCUCUCUCGGACUCCAUCCUGGCUGAGAAGACAGUGAUCGUCCUGGACGACCGAGUCACCAUCGCAGAGCUGGGAGUGCAGCUCGUGGCUGGCGUCUCUCUGUCCCUGCAGCCUCACCGAGCAGACAAAAGGGCCAUCGUGUCCACAGCAGCUGCCCAGGACGUUCUUCAGUUCCCACAGCAGGAAGCAAUAGUUAGUUCUUGGAUUUUGUUCAGUGAUGGUUCGGUGACACCUUUAGACAUUUACGACCCCAAGGAUUAUUCAGUUACUGUGUCGUCACUGGAUGAAAUGGUGGUGUCUGUCCAGGCAAACCUUGAGUCUAAAUGGCCAGUUGUGGUUGCAGAGGGUGAAGGACAAGGGCCUCUGAUUAAGUUAGAGAUGAUGAUCAGUGAGCCCUGUCAGAAGACCAAGAGGAAGAGUGUUCUUGCUGUGGGGAAAGGAAAUGUCAAAGUCAAAUUUGAACCAAGUAUUGACGAGCACCACGGAGGCACCAAUGACAUUGAGGGCAUAAAUCGGGACUAUAAAGACCACCUUGGUAAUUCCAUAGAGCGCGAAGGAAACCAGGAGAGAGCAGUUCAGGAAUGGUUCCAGCAUGGCGCAUCUGUUGGCCAUGAGGAAAGUGCCAACAAAAGCACAACCCCACAGUCUCCCAUGGAAGGAAAGAACAAGAAGUUAGUGAAGAGUGGUGGUCCAGACACCUUCACCAGCUUUCCCACUCAAGGAAAGUUACCGGAGCCCAAUAAUCCUAGUGACCUUACAGUGACCUCAAGGGGGUUGACGGACCUGGAGAUCGGCAUGUACGCCCUGCUGUGCGUCUUCUGCCUGGCCAUCCUGGUCUUCCUGAUCAACUGCGUGGCGUUUGCUUGGAAAUACCGACACAAAAGGUUUGCUGUGAGCGAGCAGGGCAACAUCCCCCAUUCCCACGACUGGGUCUGGCUGGGGAAUGAAGUGGAGCUUCUGGAGAACCCUGUCGACAUCACACUCCCGUCGGAGGAGUGCACGACCAUGAUUGACAGGGGGCUGCAGUUCGAGGAGAGGAACUUCCUUCUGAACGGCAGUUCCCAGAAGACUUUUCAUAGUCAGCUGCUCAGGCCUUCUGACUAUGUCUAUGAGAAAGAAACUAAAAUUGAACCUAUAAAUUCUUCGGGCCCAAAGAGGAAGAGAGUCAAGUUUACUUCCUACACCACCAUCCUCCCUGAGGACGGCGGCCCGUACACCAACUCCAUCCUGUAUGACAGCGAUGAUAACAUCAAGUGGGUCUGCCAAGAUAUGGGGCUGGGGGACUCGCAGGACUUUAGGGACUAUAUGGAAAGACUGCAAGACCAGAUGUAAACUCCUUUCUUAUGUUUGUAUUCACCUUUAUGCCUUCUGUUUUUUGAAUGGUGGAGCAGUGAGUUUGAUCAGCAAUAGGGGAUGAUUUAACAGAUUUGAUGUGUGGAGGUCUGGUGGGAUCCCUUUCUAAGCAGCACCAGAGGUCUGAGAGCUAUUGCAGCCAGGCACGCAGCCGGGAAAUGCCUCCGAACAGCCACGUGUAGGGACCGGAGAACUUCUAAGACAACGGUUCUACCGACUGCCUGGUUCUAGCUCAGUGCAAAUAUAAUAAACCUGACCCCACAGACAUUGUUAGUCAUCUUGUGACAAAUGGCCAUGUGGAAUUAGAAAAGAUUUGGGUGUUGAUUUUUCUAUUCCUAGACCUUUUAAAGCACAGUGGACACUUAAUUGCCCUUGGCCUGAGUUUAGACAUACAUGAAAGAUGACUGAAUGUAGCUAUCCUUAUUUGUUAAGAGCGCUGCUCAUUAUUUUUAUACACAUUUGCUCCUGCACCUGUUCCUUUGACCUCUGGAAUUCUUUUUGAAACACAAAGAGAAGAAAUUUC